AUGAGAGCUGAUUCCCUGGCUAGGCUCAAGGCGUAUGCCAACUUUCCAGAAGCACCUCAGGAGGAGGCUUCUCUCAGCAAUAGGCUCAAGACGUAUGCCAACUUUCCAGAAGCACCUCAGGAGGAGGCUUCUCUCAGCAAUAGGCUCAAGACGUAUGCCAACUUUCCAGAAGCACCUCAGGAGGAGGCUUCUCUCAGCAAUCGGCUCAAGACGUAUGCCAACUUUCCAGAAGCACCUCAGGAGGAGGCUUCUCUCAGCAAUAGGCUCAAGACGUAUGCCAACUUUCCAGAAGCACCUCAGGAGGAGGCUUCUCUCAGCAAUCGGCUCAAGGCGUAUGCCAACUUUCCAGAAGCACCUCAGGAGGAGGCUUCUCUCAGCAAUAGGCUCAAGACGUAUGCCAACUUUCCAGAAGCACCUCAGGAGGAGGCUUCUCUCAGCAAUCGGCUCAAGACGUAUGCCAACUUUCCAGAAGCACCUCAGGAGGAGGCUUCUCUCAGCAAUAGGCUCAAGACGUAUGCCAACUUUCCAGAAGCACCUCAGGAGGAGGCUUCUCUCAGCAAUAGGCUCAAGACGUAUGCCAACUUUCCAGAAGCACCUCAGGAGGAGGCUUCUCUCAGCAAUCGGCUCAAGACGUAUGCCAACUUCCAGAAGCACCUCAGGAGGAGACUUCUCAGCAAUAGGCUCAAGACGUAUGCCAACUUUCCAGAAGCACCUCAGGAGGAGGCUUCUCUCAGCAAUAGGCUCAAGACGUAUGCCAACUUUCCAGAAGCACCUCAGGAGGAGGCUUCUCUCAGCAAUAGGCUCAAGACGUAUGCCAACUUUCCAGAAGCACCUCAGGAGGAGGCUUCUCUCAGCAAUCGGCUCAAGACGUAUGCCAACUUCCAGAAGCACCUCAGGAGGAGACUUCUCAGCAAUAGGCUCAAGACGUAUGCCAACUUUCCAGAAGCACCUCAGGAGGAGGCUUCUCUCAGCAAUAGGCUCAAGACGUAUGCCAACUUUCCAGAAGCACCUCAGGAGGAGGCUUCUCUCAGCAAUAGCCUCAAGACGUAUGCCAACUUUCCAGAAGCACCUCAGGAGGAGGCUUCUCUCAGCAAUAGGCUCAAGACGUAUGCCAACUUUCCAGAAGCACCUCAGGAGGAGGCUUCUCUCAGCAAUAGCCUCAAGACGUAUGCCAACUUUCCAGAAGCACCUCAGGAGGAGGCUUCUCUCAGCAAUAGGCUCAAGACGUAUGCCAACUUUCCAGAAGCAUCUCAGGAGGAGGCUUCUCUCAGCAAUAGGCUCAAGACGUAUGCCAACUUUCCAGAAGCACCUCAGGAGGAGGCUUCUCUCAGCAAUAGGCUCAAGACGUAUGCCAACUUUCCAGAAGCACCUCAGGAGGAGGCUUCUCUCAGCAGUAGGCUCAAGACGUAUGCCAACUUUCCAGAAGCACCUCAGGAGGAGGCUUCUCUCAGCAAUAGGCUCAAGACGUAUGCCAACUUUCCAGAAGCACCUCAGGAGGAGGCUUCUCUCAGCAAUAGGCUCAAGACGUAUGCCAACUUUCCAGAAGCACCUCAGGAGGAGGCUUCUCUCAGCAAUAGGUUCAAGACGUAUGCCAACUUUCCAGAAGCACCUCAGGAGGAGGCUUCUCUCAGCAAUAGGCUCAAGACGUAUGCCAACUUUCCAGAAGCACCUCAGGAGGAGGCUUCUCUCAGCAAUAGCCUCAAGACGUAUGCCAACUUUCCUGAAGCACCUCAGGAGGAGGCUUCUCUCAGCAAUAGGCUCAAGACGUAUGCCAACUUUCCAGAAGCACCUCAGGAGGAGGCUUCUCUCAGCAAUAGCCUCAAGACGUAUGCCAACUUUCCAGAAGCACCUCAGGAGGAGGCUUCUCUCAGCAAUAGGCUCAAGACGUAUGCCAACUUUCCAGAAGCACCUCACGAGGAGGCUUCUCUCAGCAAUAGCCUCAAGACGUAUGCCAACUUUCCAGAAGCACCUCAGGAGGAGGCUUCUCUCAGCAAUAGGCUCAAGACGUAUGCCAACUUUCCAGAAGCACCUCAGGAGGAGGCUUCUCUCAGCAAUAGGCUCAAGACGUAUGCCAACUUUCCAGAAGCACCUCAGGAGGAGGCUUCUCUCAGCAGUAGGCUCAAGACGUAUGCCAACUUUCCAGAAGCACCUCAGGAGGAGGCUUCUCUCAGCAAUAGGCUCAAGACGUAUGCCAACUUUCCAGAAGCACCUCAGGAGGAGGCUUCUCUCAGCAAUAGGCUCAAGACGUAUGCCAACUUUCCAGAAGCACCUCAGGAGGAGGCUUCUCUCAGCAAUAGGAUCAAGACGUAUGCCAACUUUCCAGAAGCAGCUCAGGAGGAGGCUUCUAUCAGCAAUAGGCUCAAGACGUAUGCCAACUUUCCAGAAGCACCUCAGGAGGAGGCUUCUCUCAGCAAUAGCCUCAAGACGUAUGCCAACUUUCCAGAAGCACCUCAGGAGGAGGCUUCUCUCAGCAAUAGGCUCAAGACGUAUGCCAACUUUCCAGAAGCACCUCAGGAGGAGGCUUCUCUCAGCAGUAGGCUCAAGACGUAUGCCAACUUUCCAGAAGCACCUCAGGAGGAGGCUUCUCUCAGCAAUAGGCUCAAGACGUAUGCCAACUUUCCAGAAGCACCUCAGGAGGAGGCUUCUCUCAGCAAUAGGCUCAAGACGUAUGCCAACUUUCCAGAAGCACCUCAGGAGGAGGCUUCUCUCAGCAAUAGGCUCAAGACGUAUGCCAACUUUCCAGAAGCACCUCAGGAGGAGGCUUCUCUCAGCAAUAGGAUCAAGACGUAUGCCAACUUUCCAGAAGCACCUCAGGAGGAGGCUUCUCUCAGCAAUAGGCUCAAGACGUAUGCCAACUUUCCAGAAGCACCUCAGGAGGAGGCCUCUCUCAGCAAUAGGCUCAAGACGUAUGCCAACUUUCCAGAAGCACCUCAGGAGGAGGCUUCUCUCAGCAAUCGGCUCAAGACGUAUGCCAACUUUCCAGAAGCACCUCAGGAGGAGGAUUCUCUCAGCAAUCGGCUCAAGACGUAUGCCAACUUUCCAGAAGCACCUCAGGAGGAGGCUUCUCUCAGCAAUAGGCUCAAGACGUAUGCCAACUUUCCAGAAGCACCUCAGGAGGAGGCUUCUCUCAGCAAUAGGCUCAAGACGUAUGCCAACUUUCCAGAAGCACCUCAGGAGGAGGCUUCUGUCAGCAAUAGGCUCAAGACGUAUGCCAACUUUCCAGACGCACCUCAGGAGGAGGCUUCUCUCAGCAAUAGGCUCAAGACGUAUGCCAACUUUCCAGAAGCACCUCAGGAGGAGGCUUCUCUCAGCAAUAGGCUCAACACGUAUGCCAACUUUCCAGAAGCACCUCAGGAGGAGGCUUCUCUCAGCAAUAGGCUCAAGACGUAUGCCAACUUUCCAGACGCACCUCAGGAGGAGGCUUCUCUCAGCAAUAGGCUCAAGACGUAUGCCAACUUUCCAGAAGCACCUCAGGAGGAGGCUUCUCUCCGCAAUAAGCUCAAGACGUAUGCCAACUUUCCAGAAGCACCUCAGGAGGAGGCUUCUCUCAGCAAUAGGCUCAAGACGUAUGCCAACUUUCCAGAAGCACCUCAGGAGGAGGCUUCUCUCAGCAAUAGGCUCAAGACGUAUGCCAACUUUCCAGAAGCACCUCAGGAGGAGGCUUCUCUCAGCAAUAGGCUCAAGACGUAUGCCAACUUUCCAGAAGCACCUCAGGAGGAGGCUUCUCUCAGCAAUAGGCUCAAGACGUAUGCCAACUUUCCAGAAGCACCUCAGGAGGAGGCUUCUCUCAGCAAUAGGCUCAAGACGUAUGCCAACUUUCCAGAAGCACCUCAGGAGGAGGCUUCUCUCAGCAAUAGGCUCAAGACGUAUGCCAACUUUCCAGAAGCACCUCAGGAGGAGGCUUCUCUCAGCAAUAGGCUCAAGACGUAUGCCAACUUUCCAGAAGCACCUCAGGAGGAGGCUUCUCUCAGCAAUAGACUCAAGACUUAUGCCAACUUUCCAGAAGCACCUCAGGAGGAGGCUUCUCUCAGCAAUAGGCUCAAGACGUAUGCCAACUUUCCAGAAGCACCUCAGGAGGAGGCUUCUCUCAGCAAUAGGCUCAAGACGUAUGCCAACUUUCCAGAAGCACCUCAGGAGGAGGCUUCUCUCAGCAAUAGGCUCAAGACGUAUGCCAACUUUCCAGAAGCACCUCAGGAGGAGGCUUCUCUCAGCAAUAGGCUCAAGACGUAUGCCAACUUUCCAGAAGCACCUCAGGAGGAGGCUUCUCUCAGCAAUAGGCUCAAGACGUAUGCCAACUUUCCAGAAGCACCUCAGGAGGAGGCUUCUCUCAGCAAUAGGCUCAAGACGUAUGCCAACUUUCCAGAAGCACCUCAGGAGGAGGCUUCUCUCAGCAAUAGGCUCAAGACGUAUGCCAACUUUCCAGAAGCACCUCAGGAGGAGGCUUCUCUCAGCAAUAGGCUCAAGACGUAUGCCAACUUUCCAGAAGCACCUCAGGAGGAGGCUUCUCUCAGCAAUAGGCUCAAGACGUAUGCCAACUUUCCAGAAGCACCUCAGGAGGAGGCUUCUCUCAGCAAUAGGCUCAAGACGUAUGCCAACUUUCCAGAAGCACCUCAGGAGGAGGCUUCUCUCAGCAAUAGGCUCAAUACGUAUGCCAACUUUCCAGAAGCACCUCAGGAGGAGGCUUCUCUCAGCAAUAGGCUCAACACGUAUGCCCACUUUCCAGAAGCACCUCAGGAGGAGGCUUCUCUCAGCAAUAGGCUCAACACGUAUGCCCACUUUCCAGAAGCACCUCAGGAGGAGGCUUCUCUCAGCAAUAGGCUCAAGACGUAUGCCAACUUUCCAGAAGCACCUCAGGAGGAGGCUUCUCUCAGCAAUAGGCUCAAGACGUAUGCCAACUUUCCAGAAGCACCUCAGGAGGAGGCUUCUCUCAGCAAUAGGCUCAAGACGUAUGCCACCUUUCCAGAAGCACCUCAGGAGGAGGCUUCUCUCAGCAAUAGGCUCAAGACGUAUGCCAACUUUCCAGAAGCACCUCAGGAGGAGGCUUCUCUCAGCAAUAGGCUCAAGACGUAUGCCAACUUUCCAGAAGCACCUCAGGAGGAGGCUUCUCUCAGCAAUAGGCUCAAGACGUAUGCCAACUUUGCAGAAGCACCUCAGGAGGAGGCUUCCCUCAGCAAUAGGCUCAAGACGUAUGCCAACUUUCCAGAAGCACCUCAGGAGGAGGCUUCUCUCAGCAAUAGGCUCAAGACGUAUGCCAACUUUGCAGAAGCACCUCAGGAGGAGGCUUCCCUCAGCAAUAGGCUCAAGACGUAUGCCAACUUUCCAGAAGCACCUCAGGAGGAGGCUUCUCUCAGCAAUAGGCUCAACACGUAUGCCAACUUUCCAGAAGCACCUCAGGAGGAGGCUUCUCUCAGCAAUAGGUUCAAGACGUAUGCCAACUUUCCAGAAGCACCUCAGGAGGAGGCUUCUCUCAGCAAUAGGCUCAAGACGUAUGCCAACUUUCCAGAAGCACCUCAGGAGGAGGCUUCUCUCAGCGAUAGGCUCAAGACGUAUGCCAACUUUCCAGAAGCACCUCAGGAGGAGGCUUCUCUCAGCAAUAGGCUCAAGACGUAUGCCAACUUUCCAGAAGCACCUCAGGAGGAGGCUUCUCUCAGCAAUAGGCUCAAGACGUAUGCCAACUUUCCAGAAGCACCUCAGGAGGAGGCUUCUCUCAGCAAUAGGCUCAAGACGUAUGCCAACUUUCCAGAAGCACCUCAGGAGGAGGCUUCUCUCAGCAAUAGGCUCAAGACGUAUGCCAACUUUCCAGAAGCACCUCAGGAGGAGGCUUCUCUCAGCAAUAGGCUCAAGACGUAUGCCAACUUUCCAGAAGCACCUCAGGAGGAGGCUUCUCUCAGCAAUAGGCUCAAGACGUAUGCCAACUUUGCAGAAGCACCUCAGGAGGAGGCUUCUCUCAGCAAUAGGCUCAAGACGUAUGCCAACUUUGCAGAAGCACCUCAGGAGGAGGCUUCUCUCAGCAAUAGGCUCAAGACGUAUGCCAACUUUCCAGAAGCACCUCAGGAGGAGGCUUCUCUCAGCAAUAGGCUCAAGACGUAUGCCAACUUUCCAGAAGCACCUCAGGAGGAGUCUUCUCUCAGCAAUAGGCUCAAGACGUAUGCCAACUUUCCAGAAGCACCUCAGGAGGAGGCUUCUCUCAGCAAUAGGCUCAAGACGUAUGCCAACUUUCCAGAAGCACCUCAGGAGGAGGCUUCUCUCAGCAAUAGGCUCAAGACGUAUGGCAACUUUCCAGAAGCACCUCAGGAGGAGGCUUCUCUCAGCAAUAGGCUCAAGACGUAUGCCAACUUUCCAGAAGCACCUCAGGAGGAGGCUUCUCUCAGCAAUAGGCUCAAGACGUAUGCCAACUUUCCAGAAGCACGUCAGGAGGAGGCUUCUCUCAGCAAUAGGCUCAAGACGUAUGCCAACUUUCCAGAAGCACGUCAGGAGGAGGCUUCUCUCAGCAAUAGGCUCAAGACAUAUGCCAACUUUCCAGAAGCAAUUCAGGAGGAGGCUUCUCUCAGCAAUAGGCUCAAGACGUAUGCCAACUUUCCAGAAGCACUUCAGGAGGAGGCUUCUCUCAGCAAUAGGCUCAAGACGUAUGCCAACUUUCCAGAAGCACCUCAGGAGGAGGCUUCUCUCAGCAAUAGGCUCAAGACGUAUGCCAACUUUCCAGAAGCACCUCAAGAGGAGGCUUCUCUCAGCAAUAGGCUCAAGACGUAUGCCAACUUUCCAGAAGCACCUCAGGAGGAGGCUUCUCUCAGCAAUAGGCUCAAGACGUAUGCCAACUUUCCAGAAGCACCUCAGGAGGAGGCUUCUCUCAGCAAUAGGCUCAAGACGUAUGCCAACUUUCCAGAAGCACCUCAGGAGGAGGCUUCUCUCAGCAAUAGGCUCAAGACGUAUGCCAACUUUCCAGAAGCACCUCAGGAGGAGGCUUCUCACAGCAAUAGGCUCAAGACGUAUGCCAACUUUCCAGAAGCACCUCAGGAGGAGGCUUCUCUCAGCAAUAGGCUCAAGACGUAUGCCAACUUUCCAGAAGCACCUCAGGAAGAGGCUUCUCUCAGCAAUAGGCUCAAGACGUAUGCCAACUUUCCAGAAGCACCUCAGGAGGAGGCUUCUCUCAGCAAUAGGCUCAAGACGUAUGCCAACUUUCCAGAAGCACCUCAGGAGGAGGCUUCUCUCAGCAAUAGGCUCAAGACGUAUGCCAACUUUCCAGAAACACAUCAGGAGGAGGCUUCUCUCAGCAAUAGGCUCAAGACGUAUGCCAACUUUCCAGAAGCACCUCAGGAGGAGGCUUCUCUCAGCAAUAGGCUCAAGACGUAUGCCAACUUUCCAGAAGCACCUCAGGAGGAGGCUUCUCUCAGCAAUAGGCUCAAGACGUAUGCCAACUUUCCAGAAGCACCUCAGGAGGAGGCUUCUCUCAGCAAUAGGCUCAAGACGUAUGUCAACUUUCCAGAAGCACCUCAGGAGGAGGCUUCUCUCAGCAAUAGGCUCAAGACGUAUGCCAACUUUCCAGAAGCACCUCAGGAGGAGGCUUCUCUCAGCAAUAGGCUCAAGACGUAUGCCAACUUUCCAGAAGCACCUCAGGAGGAGGCUUCUCUCAGCAAUAGACUCAAGACGUAUGCCAACUUUCCAGAAGCACCUCAGGAGGAGGCUUCUCUCAGCAAUAGGCUCAAGUCGUAUGCCCACUUUCCAGAAGCACUUCAGGAGGAGGCUUCUUUCAGCAAUAGGCUCAAGACGUAUGCCAACUUUCCAGAAGCACUUCAGGAGGAGGCUUCUCUCAGCAAUAGGCUCAAGACGUAUGCCAACUUUCCAGAAGCACCUCAGGAGGAGGCUUCUCUCAGCAAUAGGCUCAAGUCGUAUGCCGACUUUCCAGAAGCACGUCAGGAGGAGGCUUCUCUCAGCAAUAGGCUCAAGACGUAUGCCAACUUUCCAGAAGCACAUCAGGAGGAGGCUUCUCUCAGCAAUAGGCUCAAGACGUAUGCCAACUUUCCAGAAGCACCUCAGGAGGAGGCUUCUCUCAGCAAUAGGCUCAAGACGUAUGCCAACUUUCCAGAAGCACCUCAGGAGGAGGCUUCUCUCAGCAAUAGGCUCAAGACGUAUGCCAACUUUCCAGAAGCACCUCAGGAGGAGGCUUCUCUCAGCAAUAGGCUCAAGAUGUAUGCCAACUUUCCAGAAGCACCUCAGGAGGAGGCUUCUCUCAGCAAUAGGCUCAAGACGUAUGCCAACUUUCCAGAAGCACCUCAGGAGGAGGCUUCUCUCAGCAAUAGGCUCAAGACGUAUGCCAACUUUCCAGAAGCACCUCAGGAGGAGGCUUCUCUCAGCAAUAGGCUCAAGACGUAUGCCAACUUUCCAGAAGCACCUCAGGAGGAGGCUUCUCUCAGCAAUAGGCUCAAGACGUAUGCCAACUUUCCAGAAGCACAUCAGGAGGAGGCUUCUCUCAGCAAUAGGCUCAAGACGUAUGCCAACUUUCCAGAAGCACCUCAGGAGGAGGCUUCUCUCAGCAAUAGGCUCAAGAUGUAUGCCAACUUUCCAGAAGCACCUCAGGAGGAGGCUUCUCUCAGCAAUAGGCUGAAGACGUAUGCCAACUUUCCAGAAGCACCUCAGGAGGAGGCUUCUCUCAGCAAUAGGCUCAAGACGUAUGCCAACUUUCCAGAAGCACCUCAGGAGGAGGCUUCUCUCAGCAAUAGGCUCAAGACGUAUGCCAACUUUCCAGAAGCACCUCAGGAGGAGGCUUCUCUCAGCAAUAGGCUCAAGACGUAUGCCAACUUUCCAGAAGCACCUCAGGAGGAGGCUUCUCUCAGCAAUAGGCUCAAGACGUAUGCCAACUUUCCAGAAGCACCUCAGGAGGAGGCUUCUCUCAGCAAUAGGCUCAAGACGUAUGCCAACUUUCCAGAAGCACCUCAGGAGGAGGCUUCUCUCAGCAAUAGGCUCAAGACGUAUGCCAACUUUCCAGAAGCACCUCAGGAGGAGGCUUCUCUCAGCAAUAGGCUCAAGACGUAUGCCAACUUUCCAGAAGCACCUCAGGAGGAGGCUUCUCUCAGCAAUAGGCUCAAGACGUAUGCCAACUUUCCAGAAGCACCUCAGGAGGAGGCUUCUCUCAGCAAUAGGCUCAAGACGUAUGCCAACUUUCCAGAAGCACCUCAGGAGGAGGCUUCUCUCAGCAAUAGGCUCAAGACGUAUGCCAACUUUCCAGAAGCACCUCAGGAGGAGGCUUCUCUCAGCAAUAGGCUCAAGACGUAUGCCAACUUUCCAGAAGCACCUCAGGAGGAGGCUUCUCUCAGCAAUAGACUCAAGACGUAUGCCAACUUUCCAGAAGCACCUCAGGAGGAGGCUUCUCUCAGCAAUAGGCUCAAGACGUAUGCCAACUUUCCAGAAGCACCUCAGGAGGAGGCUUCUCUCAGCAAUAGGCUCAAGACGUAUGCCAACUUUCCAGAAGCACCUCAGGAGGAGGCUUCUCUCAGCAAUAGGCUCAAGACGUAUGCCAACUUUCCAGAAGCACCUCAGGAGGAGGCUUCUCUCAGCAAUAGGCUCAAGACGUAUGCCAACUUUCCAGAAGCACCUCAGGAGGAGGCUUCUCUCAGCAAUAGGCUCAAGACGUAUGCCAACUUUCCAGAAGCACCUCAGGAGGAGGCUUCUCUCAGCAAUAGGCUCAAGACGUAUGCCAACUUUCCAGAAGCACAUCAGGAGGAGGCUUCUCUCAGCAAUAGGCUCAAGACGUAUGCCAACUUUCCAGAAGCACCUCAGGAGGAGGCUUCUCUCAGCAAUAGGCUCAAGACGUAUGCCAACUUUCCAGAAGCACCUCAGGAGGAGGCUUCUCUCAGCAAUAGGCUCAAGACGUAUGCCAACUUUCCAGAAGCACCUCAGGAGGAGGCUACUCUCAGCAAUAGGCUCAAGACGUAUGCCAACUUUCCAGAAGCACCUCAGGAGGAGGCUUCUCUCAGCAAUAGGCUCAAGACGUAUGCCAACUUUCCAGAAGCACCUCAGGAGGAGGCUUCUCUCAGCAAUAGGCUCAAGACGUAUGCCAACUUUCCAGAAGCACCUCAGGAGGAGGCUUCUCUCAGCAAUAGGCUCAAGACGUAUGCCAACUUUCCAGAAGCACCUCAGGAGGAGGCUUCUCUCAGCAAUAGGCUCAAGACGUAUGCCAUCUUUCCAGAAACACCUCAGGAGGAGGCUUCUCUCAGCAAUAGGCUCAAGACGUAUGCCAACUUUCCAGAAGCACCUCAGGAGGAGGCUUCUCUCAGCAAUAGGCUCAAGACGUAUGCCAACUUUCCAGAAGCACCUCAGGAGGAGGCUUCUCUCAGCAAUAGGCUCAAGACGUAUGCCAACUUUCCAGAAGCACCUCAGGAGGAGGCUUCUCUCAGCAAUAGGCUCAAGACGUAUGCCAACUUUCCAGAAGCACCUCAGGAGGAGGCUUCUCUCAGCAAUAGGCUCAAGACGUAUGCCAACUUUCCAGAAGCACCUCAGGAGGAGGCUUCUCUCAGCAAUAGGCUCAAGACGUAUGCCAACUUUCCAGAAGCACCUCAGGAGGAGGCUUCUCUCAGCAAUAGGCUCAAGACGUAUGCCAACUUUCCAGAAGCACCUCAGGAGGAGGCUUCUCUCAGCAAUAGGCUCAAGACGUAUGCCAACUUUCCAGAAGCACCUCAGGAGGAGGCUUCUCUCAGCAAUAGGCUCAAGACGUAUGCCAACUUUCCAGAAGCACCUCAGGAGGAGGCUUCUCUCAGCAAUAGGCUCAAGACGUAUGCCAACUUUCCAGAAGCACCUCAGGAGGAGGCUUCUCUCAGCAAUAGGCUCAAGACGUAUGCCAACUUUCCAGAAGCACCUCAGGAGGAGGCUUCUCUCAGCAAUAGGCUCAAGACGUAUGCCAACUUUCCAGAAGCACCUCAGGAGGAGGCUUCUCUCAGCAAUAGGCUCAAGACGUAUGCCAACUUUCCAGAAGCACCUCAGGAGGAGGCUUCUCUCAGCAAUAGGCUCAAGACGUAUGCCAACUUUCCAGAAACACCUCAGGAGGAGGCUUCUCUCAGCAAUAGGCUCAAGACGUAUGCCAACUUUCCAGAAGCACCUCAGGAGGAGGCUUCUCUCAGCAAUAGGCUCAAGACGUAUGCCAACUUUCCAGAAGCACCUCAGGAGGAGGCUUCUCUCAGCAAUAGGCUCAAGACGUAUGCCAACUUUCCAGAAGCACCUCAGGAGGAGGCUUCUCUCAGCAAUAGGCUCAAGACGUAUGCCAACUUUCCAGAAGCACCUCAGGAGGAGGCUUCUCUCAGCAAUAGGCUCAAGACGUAUGCCAACUUUCCAGAAGCACAUCAGGAGGAGGCUUCUCUCAGCAAUAGGCUCAAGACGUAUGCCAACUUUCCAGAAGCACCUCAGGAGGAGGCUUCUCUCAGCAAUAGGCUCAAGACGUAUGCCAACUUUCCAGAAGCACCUCAGGAGGAGGCUUCUCUCAGCAAUAGGCUCAAGACGUAUGCCAACUUUCCAGAAGCACCUCAGGAGGAGGCUUCUCUCAGCAAUAGGCUCAAGACGUAUGCCAACUUUCCAGAAGCACCUCAGGAGGAGGCUUCUCUCAGCAAUAGGCUCAAGACGUAUGCCAACUUUCCAGAAGCACCUCAGGAGGAGGCUUCUCUCAGCAAUAGGCUCAAGACGUAUGCCAACUUUCCAGAAGCACCUCAGGAGGAGGCUUCUCUCAGCAAUAGGCUCAAGACGUAUGCCAACUUUCCAGAAGCACCUCAGGAGGAGGCUUCUCUCAGCAAUAGGCUCAAGACGUAUGCCAACUUUCCAGAAGCACCUCAGGAGGAGGCUUCUCUCAGCAAUAGGCUCAAGACGUAUGCCAACUUUCCAGAAGCACCUCAGGAGGAGGCUUCUCUCAGCAAUAGGCUCAAGACGUAUGCCAACUUUCCAGAAGCACCUCAGGAGGAGGCUUCUCUCAGCAAUAGGAAUCCCAAAAUCCCUGUGGCUACUGGAAAGGGUCCUUGGGUGCCCUGCCUCACCUCGAGAAUCGUCCCUUUUGCCCUGCCAAGCUUCGAAGAGAUUCCUGAGGUGUCCCUCGUUACUAGACAGGAGUCCUGA